AUGAUUUUGGCGGCCAGUCGGCAUACUGCUAUGUCUGAGUUGAAAGAAGAUGAAGUGAAACGUGAGGAUUUUGAAAAAGAUUUGGAAGAAGCAAAAAAACGUCAAAAAGAUGUUUUAACGGAGGUUUGUGAGGGAAUAAAGCACCAGAUAAACGAACUGGAACAAGCAGAAAGAAAGCGAAAAGCAGAAUUGCUUCGGCUUAACGAUCGCAAGAAAAAAUUGGUCGAUGAGAUAGCAAAGGAAGAGAAAAAGAUUGCUGAUUUGGAAAAAUUGCCAGAAAGAUCGAAGGCCAAGCUCGAGGAAUAUCGAGAGAUUUUAAGCGGAAUUGAUGAUGAGAUUGCCGAAAAGCAAGCGAAGGUUGACUCCCGGCUGAAGCUGCUGCAGGACAAAACGGCGGAGUUUCAUGAGCCGAAAAAAGCACUGGAAGAG